AUGCCUCACUUCCUGGACUGGUUCGUGCCCGUGUACCUGGUCAUCUCCGUCCUCGUCCUGGCCGGCUUCGGCGCCUGCAUCUACUACUUCGAGCCCGGCCUGCAGGAGGCGCACAAGUGGAGGAUGCAGCGCCCCACGGCGGACCGGGACCUCCGUAAGACCCUGAUGGUCCGCGACAACCUGGCCUUCGGGGGCCCAGAGGCCUGA